GAUAAUUCACAUUUUCCCUAAACUAUGGAGGAUGACAGGAUUGAGGACCCGUACAUCAAGUUUGUGCCGAGAACAAGAUGGGGUGCGCUCCCGCCAAAAUUCACAGAGCCACUUCCACUUCCCGCGCAAAGAAUGUUAAUAGAACAUACAAACACAGAGCGUUGUAUGAGCAAAGUGGAGUGUAUAAAGGCAAUGAGGACGAUGCAGAAAUAUUACAUGGAUGUGAAAGAUAUGCCGGACCUGCCUUAUAGCUUCCUCAUUGGCGGCGACCUCAGGGUCUACGAGGGCAGAGGAUGGGGAGUGAUGAUCAGAAGACGAGACCAGGAGGAUUGGGUCGACGAGAGAGUAGUGUUUGGAUUAAUCGGCCAUGUUGCAACUGACGACAAGAGAAUGGACGAUAUGAUCCAAAAAGCUUACGACCUGAUGUACCAUGCAAUCAGCAACGACUACCUGGUGGACUUCGACCAAUACGGGUUCCAAGACGAAGAAGCUAGAAAGAAUGAAGAGCAAGAGUUUCAAGACAUGAUGAUGACACAAGCAGAAAAGGAAUGCAAGGAGGAAAGAGAAAAGGCAAAGAAAAAAUCUGCGAAAAAGAAUAAAGAGAAUAAGAAGUGGAACGAGCACAUCAACACUGUUCACUACGCCGAUGCGGAGAAACCUGCAUUCUUCGGGAACAAAGAAGAAUUAGACAAGGUCAUGGAGGAAAACAAAGAAUUAUUUAAACAGUUUGACUUGAAACAUGAUAACAAGCUAAGUGAUGUGAGUACUGAUAGCAGUGAUUAUAAGUCGUAUGACAGUGAUUACUUUAUAAGCGAAGCAGAAGAGCCACCUCCAUAGCAGUUGGGCGGAAA